AUGUGUGAUAUAGAUAAUAGGGAUGGAGAGUUGGCUCAGUGGUUAAGGGUACUUGGUUUUUUGGAGCAGUGUGAAACAGCAGUGAGAGGGACCACUGAAGGGGAUGCUAAAGGAGAUAAAGCCAAGGUGAAGGACGAGCCACAGACAAGAUCUGCAAGGUUAUCUGCCAAACCUGCUCUUCCAAAGCCAGAGCCCAAGCCUAAAAAGACCCCUGCAAAGAAGGGUGAGAAGGUACCCAAGGGGAAGAAAGAGAAAACUAAUGCCAGUAAGAAUGCAAAUAAUCCUGCAGAAAAUGGAGAUGCUGAAACAGACCAGGCACAGAAAGCUGAAGGUGCUGGAGAUGCCAAGUGACGUGUGUGCAUUUUUGACAACUGUGUGCGUCUCGUGACUGUAGAGUUUGAAAUAUUUUUUAUCAAGUUUUAUAAAAAUGCAGACUUUUGUUUUACUUUUUUUAAAGCUAUGAUGUUAGCAUACAGAACACUUCAUUGUUUGGGGGAAAGAACACGUGUCACUAUCAAAACGUCUCCCAAGCUGGACUGAUGAUGGAAAACGUUUUUACCCUGAUAAUUUUGAAAGAUCCUGUUGGCUCCCAGAAGGAACAUCGCAGUGUUGACAUAUGUGGUCACCAUGACACAAAAUGCCUUGUGGGAUGGGAAAACUCUAAAUUCAUUUUUGUAUCCUCCUCCCCCUGUACCAUCAACAUUGACUUAACUCCCUUAAA